AUGGAAGCUUGCACUCUCUUCGCACCCCUUAAACCCUUCAAUCUCAAUUUUAUCAAAUCCAUUCCCAACCGAUUCUCUUCCAAUUUUUCAUCUACCAGAAUCCACGCAGGUGGAGACAGAAUGACUAAAAGAGCAUAUGACGGAUUGCUAUUAGACGCCGGGGGCACACUCUUGCAAUUAGCGAAGCCAGUUGAAGAAACUUACUUAACAAUUGGCCAAAAAUAUGGUUUGAAAACCACAGUAGCUGAUAUAAAGCAAGGUUUUAAAAGAGCUUUUUCAGCUCCAUGGCCUGAAAAACUCCGAUACAAGGAUGACGGUAAGCCAUUUUGGAGACUUGUUGUUUCAGAAGCCACUGGUUGCGACAGUGAUAAUUAUUUCGAAGAAGUAUACAAGUACUAUGCAAAUGGUGAUGCAUGGCAUCUUCCAGAUGGAGCUUAUGAAACAAUGUCGCUUCUGAAAGAUUCUGGAGUUAAACUGGCCGUUGUUUCCAAUUUCGACACCCGCUUGAGGAAGCUACUUAAGGAUCUGAAUGUGUUAGAUCUGUUUGAUGCUGUCAUCAUAUCCUCAGAGAUUGGAUAUGAAAAACCAGACGAGAACAUAUUUAGAGCUGCGUUAGAUCAAAUCUCUGUAGAUGCCAGCAAAGCAGUUCAUGUUGGAGAUGAUACAAAGGCUGACAAAGCAGGGGCUAACGCUGUUGGGAUUGAUUGCUGGUUAUGGGGCGUUGAUGUCAAAACCUUUGCAGAUAUACAAAAUCGCAUCCUUUUGCCAGAACCAUCAAUUUUGAGGAUGUAG